AUGUUGUCUUAUCUGGGAUGGGUGGCUUACCUGUUCUUUGGUUAUUACAUCUUCAGGGCUGUUUGCCAUACCGUUUUCCAUGCUUAUGUGUACUUUUAUGCACCCAUGAAGGACCUUAAAAAGCUGGCAAAAACUGACUGGGCUGGUGAGAAGCAUUACAAAGCUUUGCAAAAUUUUUUGAGCUAUGAUUUACGCUGAACAAAGUUAUUGUAGCGGUCACCGGAGCCACCGACGGAAUUGGCAAACAGUAUGCGAUCCAAUUGGCGAAACAAGGGAUGAAUCUCGUUUUGAUUUCAAGGACUCAGUCCAAACUUGAUGAUGUUAGAGAAGAGAUCCUAAAAUUAAAUCCUAACAUCAAAAUCGAGACCAUUGCUUUUGAUUUUACGGACACAUCCCCAGAGAGUUAUGAGAAAAUAUUGAGGCAGCCAAUGAAGAAGGUUGGAUUUCUGGGUAAGAUAAUAGUGCUAUCAGAUUUACUUUUUCAGUGAACAACGUUGGUGGUGUCUAUGAAAUCCCGGACCGACUUCAUGAAGUCAAAGGUGGACUGGCGGAGCAAAAACAAGUUGUUGAUUUGAACUUGAUCCCAGCCUUCUGCCUCUGCUCCAUUGUCCUCAAAUAUAUGAAAGAGCGGGGAGGUGGCACUAUUGUAAAUGUUGGAUCAAUUGCUGGAUCUGUCACCUUUGUCUAUGUGUCGGCUUAUGGCGCUACAAAAGUGAGUCGUCUAUUGCAACUAUAUAUCAUCUCUUAUCUUGCCAAAAAUAUUAUCCAUUUCAUUGUCAGACGGCCCUCGAAAAGUUUUCUCACAUUCUGCGGGUAGAAUAUCCAGAGGUUUACAUCCAGCAUUUAACCCCCGGUUGGAUUGUGACCAAAUUCAGCAAGAAAAUGAAGCCGACGUUCUUCGAUCUCACAGCCGAAGAGUAUGUAAAAUACGCCGUAAAAACAGUUGGUUGGGUCAACGAUACUCGAGGGCAUUACGCGCAACAGUUACAAUUCGAUAUCAUUACUUCUUUGCCCAUGUGGUUGCAAGAUUUUUUGAUGGAGAAGUCGCUGAAAGCAAAGAGGGAAGAAAACGUGGAAUUCAUCCGGUUGAGAGAGUUGCAGGAAAAUAAUAAUGUUGCCAAGAAUGGGAAGCUUGAAUAG